AGACAAGUUUACUUAAAGGCGAUUUGGAUUUGGAUUCUAUUGUUUUUAUUGCUUUGUAUUGAUCUUUGCUCUGUUUUGAUGUUGUGCAAGUGUUUAAAAUAUUUUGUUAAUUAUACAUGUAAGGUGUCCUUAAGUGGCCUGAAAGGUGCCCAUAUGAUAGAAAAAUGCAUUUUAUUAUCAUUAUUAUUCUUACUAUUAUUACUAUUAUUACUUGGCUGAAUACCUUUUGAGUUUUACCCAAUAUUGGAUAUGGUAGAAUCAAAUCCUAUAUAUUUGACCUGUAGGCCUAUACCGUGUUCAUUGAUGCAACCGUUCCACACAUAACACGUAAGCCAACAUUGGAUUAAAGGGGAAGGGAAAUCCCAUUUGUGUGUACAUCCCGUGUAUCCCAUGUCCAUAUCUUUAGUGGCUUAAGGCCUUAUGUUGUAUCUCAUUAAAGCUGCCUGGCUGUUACUCAACCAGUCUUACACAAACCAUGCGGUCAUCGAUGCCACCAGGCACCAGGCCAAUGGGUUCGGUGGUCAUCAUCACACAAUGACGCUCAUAUUGCAUACCUGCUAAUGGACAGAUAUAAUUCUGAACCGAUUUGACCUCUUGGUAAAUUAUAUUAAUAAAUAUUUUCAUGUUAUGGAGAAGGAAAGCUUACAUUUGUUCACAAUUCAUUAAUAGAUAUAAAUCUGUAAAACAAAUGCUUGGUAUAAGAUAAUAUUCGUGUCACUAAAUAAUGCAAAAUUAAACUUUAAAUUUGGGCACAAUUAAAUGUUUGUAAUAAAACGCACAAUAUGAAUAGAGAAUGUUUAUAAUGAUUAACAAGCAACCCUAAUGUGUCUGAGCUGCUCCUCAACAACUUCCUACUACUCUGUCGUCUAUAAAACAAAGGUCUCGCUCCACAUCAUACGAACAUCCCUAUCUUGUUGGUACGGUCCUUCCUCACCACAGCGCUUGGCUCUACCUGGACGCAGUCGGACGACCCCAUCAGGCCGAGGACGGGGGUGGAGGAUGGAUCGGGGUUAGAGAGGGCUUAAACGCAUGCUGUUCUGUAAAGGUUUAGUGUAAUCCGCACAGUUGACAGACACUCAAAAUAACCGCUGUGUACGCAGCACUCCGCAACCUUGCGGUGGAAGAAACCAAGACGUGAGGACGAGAGGAAAAAUCCCGGACACAAGCCACACUUAUUUAAGAGUACGCUAUUCAAGAAGAGAGUUCAAAUCCCGCGGGAGACGCUUGAGAAACGACCCCACAGAUACAUUCUAGUAAACAUCCCAAAGAGGAGCCUAAGGAGUGAAGAUGUCAAAGGGGAAGGGGGUCCCUGCAUCUGGCGUUCAGGGAGCCAAGGCAGAGAAUGAGCAGCCACCGACCUAUCAGGAAGCUGUUGAAGGCUAUGAGGAGAUGCAGAUCCAGUUCUCUCUGGACGACAAGGCGGUGAGAAGGAUCUUCAUUAGGAAGGUCUAUGCUAUCCUCAUGAUCCAGCUGCUGGUGACAGUAGCUAUCGUUUCUCUCUUCACGUUUAGCGGGCCGGUGCGGUUCUACAUCCAGACCCACCCUGGGUUAUACAUGGGCUCCUAUUUGACCUUCUUUGCUACGUACAUCGCAUUGACCUGCUGCGGGGAUCUCAGGAGGCAGUACCCAAUGAACCUUGUUUUGUUAUGCAUCUUUACUCUGAGUAUGGCCUCCAUGAUGGGCUUCAUGUCAAGCUUCUACAACACCAAGUCAGUGGUGCUGUGCCUGGGAAUCACCGCUAUCGUCUGUCUCUCUGUCACCCUGUUCAGCUUCCACAGCAAGUUUGACUUCACUUCCUGCCAAGGGGUGAUGCUCGCCCUCUGCGUGGUGAUGCUGCUCUGCGCCAUCACCCUCUCCAUCGUCGUGCCCUUCGGAUACGUUCCCUGGUUACAUGCAGUCUACGCCGUCAUAGGAGCCAUCCUCUUCACUCUGUUCCUGGCCUUUGACACUCAGCUGUUGCUAGGUAACAAGCGUUACGCCAUCAGUCCGGAGGAGUAUGUGUUCGCCACGCUGAACCUCUACCUGGACAUCGUCUACCUGUUCAGCUUCCUGCUGCAGUGCGUCGGGGGCGGCCGGGAAUGAAUUUUCAUUCAUUCAUUCAUUCAUUCAUUCAUUCUGCACUGAAUGACCUGCUUCCUGUCGUCAUCGUCAUUAUUCAUAUUAUCAUCCUCACUAUUCUUCACUAUCUCACUAUCUUUUCAUCACCAGUAAUAUUAUAAUUAACAUCAUUCGAAAUAUGAAUGUGAUCAUCAUUAUACAUAUUAAUAUUAUCGUCAUUAGUAAUAUUAUUAUGAUAAUCAUUCGUAAUAUUAAUGUGGUAAUCAUUAUCAAUAUUAAUAUUAUCACCAUUAUUCAUAUCCGCUCGCUCUCUGAUAUUACGAUCCCGUUGCAGGUCAGAUAUAACCCUGGGUCUUCUUAUUUGAUACUUGUUCCAGUGAACCCGGUCAUAUUCCCGCCCACAGAGUGGCGGUGAAAGGAUUGGCCCUCUGGUUUCUAGACGUGGCUUUAGAAAAGACAACGAAAGGAAUGUGCUGAAAAGGAAAAUGUUGUAGAUGAGACCGCAGAGGUCUUGAGCGACAGAGUCCUCCUCCUGUCUGUCCUCACUCCCGGGUUGGGCUGGGCCUCAUGUUACAGCCAGUCUCACCCGGUCUGAGUCCUUGUUGUGGGGUUCUCACUACCCUCCCCUUGUAGGGGUGGUGCUACACACGUAAGCAGACAUAGCGCAACCCUCCCCUCCCAUCUCACCCCCGACACUGAUACGACGAGACCCCCAACCAAGACCCCCCUACCAAGCCCAGGUGUCCACUACAUCGUUCCCCCCCCCCACGGUGGUCAGGGGAUUCAGUAAACCUGCACUUUAAUCCUGAACUCCGCUGGGUUGGCUCUUCGAAAUAGCAGAGUCGUUCAGAAAGUCCUCAUGACUGCAGAGAGGGUGGCUUGAGGUCGGGCCUGUUAGGCUCAGCUAUGAGGGGAUGGGGUUUGAUUCCCGUCUGGACCGCACACACUGACACACUCACAGUUCAUGCACUCUGACACUAUGAAUGACCAAAUGGGUCUACAGGAUUACACAGUGAUUUGUAAGCAUUUAAUUUUGUGUUUUUAAUGUUUUUUUUUAUGUGUUCUUCUGCAGAUGAUAAUAAGGUCCAACUUUAUUCAUAUUUAUGUUCUAAAUAGUGCCGGAUGUUGAUAUUGUUUAGCUUGUUUUGUGAGAUGGUGGUUACGGAGGCGAGAGAAUGAGAUUACCUCAGAUACAGAAGUACUGAAGUACAGUAGGACUGGAGGCCUGAAGGACAGAGAGACACAGAGCUCAGGCUCUUUGGCCUUCUGGGUCUUCACAUGGGAACAGAAAUAAAACAGCUUCAAAUCUAGAUUAAUCAGGAGUCUAUUUUUUAUAGAAUAAGUAUAGAACUAUUUAUAUAGUUACUGAAAUUCCUGUUUUUUUUCGAUAUGCAAAUAAAUUCAAGCACUAUAAUUCACUAC